AGAAUGGUAGGGUGGGGUAACAGAGGGUUGAUAGUACAUUUCUCAAAGAGACUAGAAGGGUGGAGAAGCUGGUUGGGAAAUAAAAGCCCAGAGUAGAUCAGUGGGAGGAGAAGUCAGCUGAGAGCCCAGUGUAUUCACAGUGAAUCAGUGCUAGCCUGCACUUGCCUAGUGCCUUUCUCAAUGAUGACAAUUCUAAAGCUCUGCUAGGACCAAGGAUGCAGGCAUGCAGCUAUUCGACACAGUGUAUUUCAAAGCAGUAACACAGCAUUGCUAGUGCUGUCUGAGCCUGUACCACCACUGCUUUGUGAGCAGGACUUCAAUGAGGAGCUGACCCCAUUAAGAAUAAAGUGUCAGGAGCACAGCUGUACCCCACCUUGCUUAGCAGAAAUGAGUACUGGGGGCAGACAAGGAGUGCUGGUCAUUUUCUGGAGUGUCUGUUGUCAUUUUGCACAUUGGCAGGUAAGAAUUUAUUGCAAAGCCAUAUCUCCUAUUAAUAAGUUACUGACUGUACAAUAUUACUAGUGUGUUGUACUUUGUCCCACUAAUGACCAUACAAUUCCCUGUUAAAUUAGCUGAUAAUUUUGUGUAUGUAUUAUUAAUAUAUUUUGCUUUCUUUCAUUGUUAUAUGAAAUGGACAUGUAUUAAUAAAACUCAUUUUUGAAUAUGCACCUGUAACAGAAGUCAAUGCAAAAUGGUUAACAAAAAUAGUGACCUAAGUGGUUAUGGUGCUUAGAUUAAAGCUGUCAGCCUGUAAAUAAGUAUUUUCUAAGCGCCUAAUAAUGGAUUGAAGAUAGGGAACAGCAAUGCAGAUAUAGCAAAUGUAAGGGCCUGCACAAGCAAAGGGGAAAAAAAGCGAUCUUGCUGUCUCAUAUAAGCUAACACAGUGCUGGGGCCUUAUUGCCGUAGAUUGAGCUGUCUUACUUUAUGCAAAUCGACGAGAGGGUUAAUCAUUUUUGGACUGUGGCAAUGUUUUUAGGGGAUGUAUAAAAGCACAUGUGCUGGGCUGGGCUGGGCUAUUGUUGAAUUAUCUUUGGAAUCUGCAUUUGUAAAUUCCUUGUCCCUGUCAUCAGAUUGGUGACUUUGUGUGACAUCUCAUUGCUUCUAGACAUAACUGUAAAUUCCAAAUACAACGCUAUUCCGGAGAAGGUGACAUUGUUUUAUUUAUUAUAUAAAAAUGAGAAUAGGUGAUGCACAUUUAGAAAUGACAUGAUCUGUUUAGUAUACACGUUCCACCAGCUCCUUCUCUUUACAUUAAAUUAGCUGAAUUAAUAUAAAAAGUGUAACAUGACGAAAAGAUACACAUAACGCAGAGCAGUGUCUGCUUACUUGCAUAGUUACAUACAUAGAAUUUAUUUUUCCGGUUAUUUAAAGGUAUAUAUGCAGCAUCUAAUGCGCCGUGAUAGGCUCAAGUUUUCAUUAGGAUGUAUUUAUAGUAUUUACAAUGCAAGGAAAACAUUUCUUAGUUUAACUCUUCAUCCGCCAGAGGGAUAUAUGAUUUAUUGCAAAAGGAUGUACUAAAAACUAAACUGUAAUGCGAAGAGGUACCCUAACAACUUUUGCCCUUAUCUCUUUCUGUGUCUGUUCCAAGGUUUGUGUAAGACAAAUGUUCUUUAUAGACACAACGUAAACGUAUUUCAAGCAUGAUACAAUGCUGUUCCAAAACAACAAGAUAAGGGAUAAGAAAAUUUAGUUUUUGGAUGUUAAAAAAAAAAAAUUAAAGAAAAAGAAAACCUAUUUUGAAGUCUCUGUAGUCUCCCAUGUUCCUCUUUGAGAACUGUAUCCACCUGUCCCAUAAUUCCAAGUGCUCAGAAUAAGUAUAUCACAUUGAAUUAUAUUUAAAUUGCAACAUAUACUGAUCAGCCAAAAGAUUAAAACCACUGACAUGUGAAUUGAAUAACAUUGAUUAUAUUAUUACAAUGGCAAUUGCACCGGUGAAGGGGUGGGAUAUAUUAAGCAGCAAGUGAACAAUCAGUUUUUAAAUUUCAUGUGUUGGAAGCAGAAACAAUGGACACGUGAAAAGUGACAAGUCUUUGACAAGAGCCAGCUAGUGAUGGCUAGACUACUGGGUCAGAGCUUCUCUGAAAUGGCAAGUCUUAUGGCGUGUUUCCGGUAGGCAGUAUUUAGUACCUACUAAAAGUGGUGCCAGGAAGGACAGUGGGUGAACUGGCAUCAGGGUCAUGGUCACCCAAGGCUCAUUCAUGCACGUGGGGAGAAAACACUAGCUCAUCUGGCCUGAUCACACAGAAGAGUUACUGUAGCUGGAAUGGGGCUGAAAAUCUAGGAAACCUUGGGUCCUGGUAUUUAUGUAGAUGUUACUUUGACACUUACCACCUUCCUAGAGAUUGUUGCAGACCACACCAUCUCAAUGGUGCCCUUUGGCAGUGGCCUCUUUCAGCAGGAAAAUGUGACCUGUAGCAAUGAAGGAAAUGUUCAGGAAUGGUUUGAGAACAUUACAAAUAGUUCAAAGUGUACAAAAUAUACACAGUAUCAAGUAUAGAAGUGGUAAAUACCUCCACCCCACUCUCCCCCCCCCCCCCCCCCCCAAAAAAAAAAAAAAAAUACAAACAGUUCACUUUAGGGGAAGAAAGUGAGUACCAGGAAGGUAAUUUAAUUCUUCAACAAGUCAUCUUCUGGGGGAAAAAACCUUCCACUCUAAAUAAAGAGCUUGUGUGAUAAAAAAAAAAAUUAUAUAAAAUAUAUAUUUAAAAAAAGCAUAUUUGACAAGAUAGGCACUCCUUGUGGACUGGCUCCUGUAGGCAGUGCUUACUCUGUCAACAGGCAAAUUCAGCCAUGGUUAUAUAAUCUCCACAUGUGUUGGCUGUAUUAUUAUUUUAUUAUUAUUAUUAUUAUUGCCAUUUAUAUAGCGCCAACAGAUUCCGUAGCGCUUUACAAUAUUAUGAGAGGGGAUUUAACUAUAAAUAGGACAAUUACAAAUAAACUUACGGGAACAAUAGGUUGAAGAGGACCCUGCUCAAUCGAGCUUACAUGUUCUCUGUGUUAUCUAUGUAAUAGUAUUAUCUAUGUAAUAAAUAGCACAACAGGGCUGUAUAUGGCUUACUGGAUGCCACCAGGUCUCUGAACAUCAGUGUGCAAGUUAAUAAUCUCAAGGUCUGUGUAAUAUAUAAAUUGUUAAGCCGCUGAAAAGAGACAUGCAUCCAUCCAAGUUUAGCCUUUCUCACAUUUGUUUUUGCUGUUCGAUCCAAAACAAGGCAAAAAAAAUAUCUCAGUUUGAAGGACUUUAAAUUUUGCAAUAAAUUAGCAAAAAAAUCCUUCUUGACCCCAGAAUGGCAGUCAGAUAUCUCCUUGGAUCACGAAGCUAUUACCCCACGAAUUAAAAAUUAUACCCCUGAAUAUUAUGUUUUUGCAAGUAUUAAUCCAAUUGCUGUUUAAACAUAUGUACAGACUCUGAUAAAACCACCUCUUUAGGCAGAGAAUUCCACAUCCUUAUUGUUCUUACUGUAAAAUAUGCUUUCCUCUGCCUGAGGACUUUGUAUCAUUUCCAAAUUGUAUCAAUUUCUGUGUCCUGAAACACUGUUGCUACGUCACUCAACAAAAUGACCUAACAAGACAGCUUCAUAUUAAAAGCAAACUAACUUCUGUAAGUGCGAGACACAUGUUUUUAUCACCCACAUAUAAUGAUGUUGAGCUAUAGAUCAUAUGCAAUGUACAAAAUAAAACUAUAGAAAAAUGCUGUAUGUUUUUAUUCCUUUUUAUUGGACUAACAAACCUUUGGCAGCCGUUCCCCUUUUUUAAAAAAAGUAUAUCUAUCUAGCUAUCUGAUUAAACUAGAACAUAAAACUAAGGUGUGAUAAAGUGAUUGAAACAACAACAGAGCAGAUAACACACUUAUAAAAGCAAUUAAAAAAAAAACAGUUUCCGGAGGUUCUAAAUAUUCAGAUAAUGACCGAGAGUGUUUGAAAACCAGAAACAGAGUAGGUAAGCAAAGGAGAGAACAAUUAAUUACACAUUAAAACUCAUAGGCAUGUAAGUGUUGACCUACAUUGACAUGUAAAUUGUUCAAUUUCACCAUCUGUCUGUAUUUAGAGCAGAGCUGCACAAUAGGUAGAGCCCCCAGAUGUUGUAGAACUACACCUCCCAUGAUGCUUUGCAUGCCUUUAGAAUACAUUUAGAAUGACAAAGCAUCAUGGGAGUGGUAGUUUUACAAUAUCUGGGAUUCUACCUACUGGGCAGCCCUGAUUUAGAGUCUUUUGUGAAGGACUCCACUUUUAACCCUUAGAACUUUAUUUAAAAUAUAUUUAUUUAAAAAAACAAACAAAAAAAAACUGCCCUUGGUCAGAGUAAAUUUUCUAUACCAACCUCCACCCCCCAAUAAAUAAAUAAAUUAAAAUAAUUUUUAAACAUUUAUAGCUUAGAGUGCCCUUUUAAGAGUCACUAUCCUUUUGCGCUUUAUCAACAGAAAAAUAUCCAGGUUUACUAAAGGUGUUCUCAUAAAAUACCUUGAUAUAAGUAAACUUUAUUGUUUGAAUGCUAAGGUGCUAAUAUAAAAAUUAAUACCGUAAUAAUAAUUAAUAAAAUAAAUGUUCUACAGUAGUGAGAAUAAGAUUUAGAGAAUACUGUGGUUGCCUGUAGAUGCUGGUUGAAAUCAUUGUAGCAGUUGUUACCGAAUGUCCCUUGAAAAGUAGCAGACUAUCUUACUAUUAUCUGUUUUUUUUCUAAAGUUUCUCUUUCUAACCAUGUUAUAUUUUCUGCUUUUUGAAUUCCUAGAAUAUUGUAAAUUCUCUGGACGGCCAAAAGCCCCUGCAAACUACAGGUAAGAACGUGUUGGUUUCACAGAUACUAAACUUUUCCUGACCUCUUUAGUUUCAACUCUAUCCAUCGAAAUAACAUAAAAAGUGUUUCAUUUUUACAUUUACUGAUUUGGCGUCUUAGUAGUCAUAUCUUUAACAAACACAUUGGGCAUCCAAUGCUCCCCACAAGAAGUCAGGAGCAUUUAUACUUGGCUAGCAACAGGGGCUCAAUGCAUGACCACUCUAUCAAAUGUCUGUAGCCGUGUUGUAAAUAUGAAUCUGCGUAUCUCUGUGUGGUUGUAUAGGUCUGUGAGGUUGUCUGUAUGUGGGUGCAGAUAUUUGUAUUUGGUCGUAUGUACGAAUCUGUGUAUGUGUGGGUGUAGCUGUAGGUAUUUAUCACUGUAUGUAUGUCUGUGUGUGUCUGUGUUUGUGCAAAUGCAUGUCAGUUUUUUUAAAAUAUAAUAUCUAAAAGAAAAUUCAGCAGUGAAUUUGGCCUCUGGAUCCAUCCCUUAUCAUUAGUGAGAUGAUUAUUUUUUGUGCAUUAUUACUACUGUUGGUAAUAAAUGUAUUUAUUAUAAUGCUCUAACUUUGCUUAUUGCUUUCUAUAAGAGCAAUGUAUACAAUAUAUACAAAAUGAUGCAUGGUAAAGUAUAUAUUUAUGACAUCUGUAUGGUUUUGUACUUGUUUUAUGAUGCUCACAUAUGAAAAGUGCUAAUAUCAUUCCAAUGUGCAGGAGCUUAAAAAAAACAUGUUGUCCUGCAGGCUAUCCCAUCGCGUAUCAGUACUGAAUGCAGGGGCAUAACUAGAACCUCAGGGCCAAUAAGGGCAGUUCUGAACUGUCCUCUUUGUAAGAGAGAUAUUGCAACCCAGUCAUCAGCGAGUUGUAGCUGAUACCCAUCUGAGCACAGGGUCCAUGUCUGGAUUACCCUUUUAGCUUAGGAAGAGCCCAGGCAAAUGCACUACAAAAAAAACAGAGAAUAACAGAACUCUGAGAAUGAGCAAAAGCUCAGAGAAACUCAGUAGCUUGUCCUUCGGUUAGUCCUUGCUCAGGUCUCUAAAAUGUUUUUGAUCACUUGUGCCAAUACAAAAAAAAAAAGUCUAGUCCUGGACUGGCGAGAAUGGUAUAUCAGUGAACUCUAAUGUAACCAAAAUGAGCAGUAUUCUUCCAAAUAGGUAACUCACUUGGCCUUUAACUAUCACAUUUGUAGAGGAACUUCUCAAACUUGUUAAAGGGACACUAUAGUCACCAGUGCAACUAUAUGUAUUCCUGACCCUAUAGUGUUAACAUGACCAUCUAGCCCCCUUGGGCCCCUCAUGCCUCCAUAAAUAUAGCAAAUUCUUACUGUAUUCAAGCCAGACACUGUAACUCUGCAUGCUGUUAGACUCAGUAAAAACAAGCAGUCUGCUGACAAGUGAUAGCCUGAUCCAAUCACAGUGCUUCCCCCAUAGGAUUGGCUGAGACUGACAAGGAGGCAGAUCAGGGGCAGAGCCAGUAUGAUUCAAACACAGCCCUGGCUAAUCAGCAUCUCCUCAAGAUGAAUUGAAUCAAUGAAUCUCUAUGAGGAAAGUUCAGUGUCUGCAUGCAGAGGGAGGAGACACAGUACUGCCCUGUGCUCUGCUGACAGCAGAUCUGAGUGGAUGGAGGUAUAUUAUGCCUCCAUCCACUCAGAAUUCACUCUGGCACACUCUUAGUGACUGCAACUGGAGGUGUUCCUAGCUUUCAAUGUAAACACUGUAUUUUCUCAGAAAAUACAGUGUUUACAUGAGAAAGGCUGCAGGGAGCUAUAGUUAUCACCUGAACAACCUCAGUAAGCUGAAGUUGUUCAGGUGACUAUAGUGUCCCUUUAACUACUAAAGUGCCCCAUCAGUGCUUUUACCUUAUGACUGCCCUGUAGCUUAGAUGGAUUCACACUUGAUAAUGUAGAUGUUUGAUUCCUGCGUUAUAAGAACAACUGCAAAUGGGGCUUUAGGUGCUAGAGAGUGGCCAGUUUGUUUUUGUCAAAUACCUCCAAAGCAGUUUGACAGAAGGCCAGAUAAUGCUUGUAGGUUUAUAGUACCAUAAUCACUACAUUGUGCUGUAGUUUUUAUGGUACUUAGAGUGCCCUUUAAAUCAAACUGUUAUGCAAAGUUUGGCUUAGAAUCAUUGCAGUUAAAGUGGAUCUAUCAUUAAAUCUUCCUUCUGUAUCCCUCCUUCAAACUCCCAUGACCCAUUCACAACAUUUAGUGGCCCAAGGACAGGUGCUGCUUAACUUUUCUACCAUAGUGUUGGUAUCAUUUAGGUCUUCUUCCUCGAUGUUCCAAGAUGGCGACAUCUAGAAUUUUCUGCCUUUCCAGUACAUCGAGUGUCUGAACAGACAGUUGAUUAUAAGACGCUGCCGCAAAUCACAUGUCGCCAGAAGGGGGCGAGUAAGAACUUAACAUCCAAUGAUAAAAGUUGACAAAAGAUGUUGAGCUAGACUACGUUUUCUUAUGUACAACUUCAAAACAUUCAUUAUUUUUAAAAUACCAAAAAACAACAAUGCUGUCUAGAGGGGUGGGAUUCGGAUGUAGCAAAUCAAUUUUUAAAAAGAGACAGAUCUGUUUUAAAGUUCACAUCCUUUUGAAUGCAUCUCCUUCCUAAUACCCACCCCAACCCACUGAAGUGACUUAGAAUCAUUGUUUCAUUAGAUACAAUGAUGUUUAAAGAUUGUAAAAAUGUUAAGACCAUCCCCAAAUCUGUAUUGCCAGUGUUGAAAAUAUAGGGGUAAUUAAAAUGUUCUUAAAAAUCAACAUAUUGCUACUAAAUGCUCGACAAAAAGUUAGCAUAUCAAGGUCAUAAUUUCUGGAAUAAUAAAUAAAUGUUAUGACGUUAUUAAGGAAUAAUUUCCCUGACUGUGAACAGCCUACAGGUAAUUCAGUAACAAUGAGUACUGAUUAGAGUGAAAUGUGAAUUUGAGCAUGAAAGGCUUUGGGUCUACAUAAUUGAGAAAUCAAUUUGUAUUUAAUUAUGGCUAAAGUCUUUCACAACUGAGGAUUAUACGGAGAAAAUGAAUUUGCUAUGCCAUGCUUUAAAAAUAUACUUUUUAUGCAUUGUAACCAUUAACCUAUAACUGUAAGCAGACAUUUAUCUAUAGUUUUUCCUUUUCCUGCACUGGGUACCGGGAAUGUCCCUUUUAAUGUUGUAACACAUACUGUCAUUGUGGGAGAAGUAGAAUUACUUGGCUACAGUGAAUAUUGUGUUUCAGACUGAGCUAAGUAAUAAUACUGCUGUUUUUUAAGUCAGCUGUGCAUCUGGUUCGGCUACUUUUGCCUAAAAUUUGCAGUUGACUUUUAACUCACUUUGAAUUUCUGAUAUUUCACACAUCAUAGACCAGGGGUACCCAAAAGGACGAUCCCCAGAUGUUGCAGAACUACAACUCCUAUGAUGCUUUGCAUGCCUUUAGCAUGGCAAAGCAUCAUGGAAGCUGUAGUUUUCAAAUAUCUGGGGAUCUACCUUUUGGUCACCCCUGUCAUAGACUAUACACAUCAUACACUUUUGGAUCAACAGCAAAAACAUAUGUGAGGAAGGCUGAACUUUAAGGACGCAAGUCUCUUUUCAGCUAUGUACCUAUGUAACUAUGUAAUUACUUUAGGCGUGAGAUUGGUUUAAAAAAUUAUGCAAUGCCACUAUCAGUGUCACACACAUCACUGAGACAAGGCUGGUACGUAAGGAGAAAUGAUGCUAUCUAGGCGCCUGUUAAGGUACUCGGGGCGUGCUUACAUCCAUUGGGUUAGGGGGUGCAAUGUUUGCCUUGCCUUGGGCACUGGAAACCCACACUAUGCCACUGGUUUCAGUAUCGGAUUACCAAAUUAUUCUGAUCCAUAUCUCUCCAUCACAUAAACUACUCCUCCUGUUUGGCGGGAUAUAUAUUGAGGGACACUCACAUUUUAGGGUUGUGAGUGAGGCUGUGGCCAGGGGUGGGGCUGUUCUGAGACAUUUUAAGUAAAUGACUAAUAAGAAUUUAGGCAACUAAUAAGUUAUAUAGCACAUGAAAAAAUGGAUCUUAUUUGAACACACUCAUUUCUAACCAUAGUUUAACCCCUUAAGGGCACAUGACACGUGUGACAUGUCAUGAUUCCCUUUUAUUCCAGAAGUUUGGUCCUUAAGGGGUUAAAGACACAUUGCUGUAAGUCAUAUUGCUGUGGAGCUCUGUUAUACACUCAGACACUCCAAGGAUAGAAAAGAGAGACAGAGAGACUGUUCCUCCUAAACUGGGACACUUGGGAGUUAUGAUACAUAGAUAUAAUUUUGAAAUUGUAUUAUAACUCUUUGAGAAUUCAAGCGCAAGGAAGAGGCUUAGGUGUUUCCACCAGGGUAAUCAGCCCCAUAGCAAGUUUUAGGUUUAGAUGAAUGACAAAAUAUUUUCCAUGUAUCCUGUGAUACAUAUAAUUAUAUGUUUCUAAUGAUUCCUGUUAAUUUCCAUACUCUAUCAGGCCAAAAGCAGCUAAAUUAGAAAAAAAAAAACCAUCUGCAAGCCUGCUAUGUUUUCAGUCCAGCUAUUUUGGACAAAAAACUUAAAAUUCACGUUAAAUUUACUUUUAAUUCUUGACAAUUGCCAUUUUAGUGUAUAAUACUAUGUAUUUUGUGUUUGCAGGUUACAGUUUGUGUUCUGAUGGGAUGACUACCUUAGGAUAUUACAAUGGAUCCAUCUCUGUAACUGAGUCUGGGGCAGAUUGUCUGAAUUGGACCUAUUUUCCUGAUUAUAUUCAGCUCUACCCAGGUCGUGCGUUGGGGGACCAUAACUACUGCAGGAACCCUGAUGGAGGGGUUCUUCCCUGGUGCUUUUAUCGGCAAACCUCAGGAGUAAUCAGCUGGGCUCACUGUGAUUGCAGUCAUGGUAAGGCAUAUUCUGCUGUUUUCCUGAUAUUUACAUGUUUUAAUCAUGCUGUAUAUCAAUGUGGCUUUUAAAAAUAUAACGCCCACUGACCACUAAACGUAUGUGAACUAAUUAGUGAUAAUUUGUGUAGUGGAAAUGCUCAGAUUUUAUAGUAGGUAGACCAAAUUGUCAGUGAGAUGAGUGUCAUAUUGAACAUUUGUCCCCCAAAUGGGUCAUUAGAACUUUAGCUUAAUAAAGCAGUUUGGGUGCAUAUAUAUCAUGGCUUUGAAGUCUCACCGAUCAAUUCUCUGCCAUUUGGGCAUUAAAUCACUUUUGUUUCUGUCCAUGCAACCCUAGCUUCACCUACCCUGGCUUUGACUGACACAGCCUACAUGAAUUUUUCCAAUUAGAUGUUAACUUACUUUAGAAGUUCGUAUCUCCUGCUCUGUAAAGUGAACUUUAUUCACACACAAGAGGCUGCUGCAAGGUCUAUCAAGCUAUUAGAAAUGCAGGAGAUAAGAAAUUCUAAAUGAAACGGACUGUGCAAUAAAGGAAGUGUAAACAUUAGAUCUCACUUUACAGGAGGUGUUUAGGAAGGAUGUGUACGUCACAUGCAGUGAGGUGUGGCUAGGGUUGCAUAAAGAAAGCAAUUUAACUCCUAAAUGGCAGUGAAUUGAGCAGUGAGACUUCAGGGAUAUGAUAUUUACACCAAAACUGCUCAAUUAAGCUGAAGUUGUUUCAGGGACUAUAGUGUCCCCUUAAUGUAAACAGUUUUUUGUGAUUUGGAAAAAACAAUCUGGUGAAUAUGAAUGAAUAUAUGAAUAAAUAUUUUUGUCCAGUUCUGUAAUUGAGUAAAAUUGAUUGCACCAAUGGACUAUGUAACUGUAAGUCACAAUAUAAUAUACUGUUUUGGUAUGGGAUGCAUACAUGGCGCAUAUUAAUUACCCUGCUACAAUAUUUGUUAGGGGCAACACAGAACCAAAUACACUUAAUCUGUCUUUUACAAUAACUCCCUCUGUAUUUCCAGAAGGCUUCUUUGGGUCCUGGUCUUUUAUUUCUUAACAUUUUUUAGUAAACAAGACUAUCUAUCUUUUCCCAUAGGUGCUCUUCGACUGGUUCGUGGUAAGUCUAAUAAAGAAGGUGAAGUAGAGUUGUAUCUAAACGGGCUCUGGGGUACCAUAUGUGCCAAUCAUUGGACAGACUGGGAUGCAACUGUGGUCUGCAGGCAGCUUGGAAUCAGGUUAGCAUCAGAUUUUUCUAAUUUCAUGAAAUGCUGGUAUAUAAAUGCAAUACAAGGUAUAUUUGUAUGGAACAAAUGCUCUGCCUAUUCUGUCCUGUUUGAACACUCACAUAUUAGUAGAUUUCAGGCAGUUAUUGUCUUGGACUUCUGUUUACAGUUUAGUAUAUCAAUGAGUCCUAAUUAAAGUUGGCUGUAGAGUAUAUUUCCCCAUCACAUUCUUGUGGAUUCCAUUAUAGAAAUUACUUAUUAAACUGAGUAGAAAAAUAGACUCCCAUCAAAAACAAAAAAGUUAACAGCAUAUAUACUAUAUUUCUAGUGGUUUGAAUACAAAUAACAUUUUCUAAACCAAUGUUAUAUUAAUUUUAUUUAUUUGUCGGAGAACUUGCUGUUUUAGUGCUUAAUCCAAUCUGCUCAUAUACAAUAAAAAGUCAUUUGGCAAUGAAGUAUUCUAUUAAACAACCUUUCCUGUAAACACAAAUGCUGCUGUACUGACAAGUUCAGGGGACAUGCACGGCCGGGUAAAGUUCAGGGGACAUGCACAGCCGGGUAAAGUUCAGGGGACAUGCACAGCCGGGUAAAGUUCAGGAGACAUGCACGGCCAGAUAAAGUGUGAGUGGCUAGGAAUUCAAAAUGAAUGUGGACACAUCUGAAAAAAUGACACUUUAACCAAAAAUAACUGAAACUAAAAAACUGAAAACAUGAGAUGUGGAAUUUUUACAUUUCGUCUAUUGUGGCCUAAAAUUUCAAUUUCACUUUUAUAGGAUUUAUUACUAAAGUGAUAAAUCAAAGUGAAUUAAAAGUGAAUUUCAAAUUUAAAGUAUAUUUCAAAAUAUGGGAACUGGAAUUAUUCUCUAACCCAGUUAUAUUAUAGCUAUAUUAGCUAUAUGAUCAGUACGCCUACGCAGGUCUUAAAUCUGAAAUUCACUUUGAAUUCUCACUGAAGUAAAUAACCCAGUUAGAGCUUGCCUUAACAAUUCACACUGUAGUGGAUAAUCAUGACAGCCUCCAAAGCCUCCCUGUAAAGAAAUUGAAGAAUGCUGUGCCUCAGUCAUGUCAUUCCAUGUUCUCCUUUGUGGAUCACAUCCAUGGAAAAAUGCAGCUCUCAUUGAUGUGAACGAGGACCGUGAUCUCUUACGUUUGUACCUGUUCCUGGUGAAACAUAUCCAUUCUCUUAUUACUAUAUGUCUGUCCAUAAUGUCUGCUCAGAGAAUAACAUCAUUGUCAGCCUCCCACAGCAUUACAUUUUCCUCUGGAGAUCUACAAACAGAUCUAAUACUUGCUAACACCUGCUGCACAGUUAUACGUGUUGGAACAAGUCCUCAUACAUGGUUGUAAAUGAUAGACUUUGAACUCCAAACCACCAACGUUACUUUGCUAGCACUCAUUGUGUAUCCAGAGUAGAUAGAUGUGAGGGAAAAAAGACAUAGAAAGUAUUUAUUACAGUAGAACUGCAUAAAAACGUCAAAAGCCGAAUGUUAUAUCUGGUUUUGUUCUAACUGUUUACAUCAAUCAAACUUCUUUUAUACUGGAACUGCAAUUUAAACGAACAAUCCAAACCUUUACUGAAACAACCCAAACAAUGAAGUGCUUUAGGGGUUAACAGAGUGUCCUUUCUGUCUUACUUUAUAAAAGUGCUUAUUUCUAGAGAAUUUGUCACUUUUAUAAAGUCCUUGGACUGCACUCUGAUUGGCUGCCGGGAGGAUACUCUUCUUCACAUGCUUUGAAUGCUCAACCAAAACAGAUGUGAGACCUCUCAUGGAGAAGCAUUGGUUUCAGAAUUUCUCUAUGAGAAACAUUUCCUUGGCUGGGAGAUACUUAGAUACUUAGGCUCUCUCGCAGUGGAGUUACAGAGAGAAGACAGUCACUACUCUUUCUGCUGGUUUAGAGGUAAUCGGCUUUUGUAGGGCACUGUGGGAAAUUAAAGGACCACUAUAGGCACCCAGACCACUUCAGCUUAAUGAAGUGGUCUGGGUGCCAGGUCCAGCUAGGGUUAACCCUUUUUUUUAAUAAACAUUGCAGUUUCAGAGAAACUGCUAUGUUUAUGUUAGGGUUAAUCCAGCCUCUAGUGGCUGUCUCUUGACAGCCGCUAGACGCGCUUGCGUGCUUCUCACUGUGAUUUUCACAGUGAGAAGACGCCAGCGUCCAUAGGAAAGCAUUGUGGAUGCUUUCCUAUGGACUGGCUGGAUGCACACACAGCUCCUGCCUCGCAUGCGCAUUCAGCCGAAGAGGAGGAGAAGAGGGAGGAGAGGAGGAGGAGAGCUCCCCGCCCGGCGCUGGAAAAAGAGCCCGGCGGGAGGGGGACCCUGAGGGUGGGGGCACCCUCAGUGCACUAUAGUGCCAGGAACACGAGUAUGUUUUCCUGGCACUAUAGUGGUCCUUUAAUCUAAAUAAAAUGUUCACACUAUGAUGUUGGAGUGUUUCUUUAAAUAACAUACUGAUACCCAUUACUUUGCAUUUCCUUCUUAGUGAAAUUGGCACAGCGAGGAAGAGCAUUGGUUUUGGUUCUCUAAUGAACUCAGUCCACCUGGAAGCAGCAAACUGUAGAGGGGAUGAGAAGGCUCUGCUGCACUGCAGUUACGUCCCGGCAUUGAACAAGGAAUGCAACUAUGGAUCAAUUGCUGCAGUUACCUGCUCUCCUCCUGAAGGUAAAUCUUUAGAACACAUGUGUGACAAGGGGGGUCCACCAAAUAGUCCACAACAUUCUAAUACAGUGCCACUAUUACGCAUAAAACUGGCACAUACAUACAAUAUUUAACUCCAACUAAGAAUUUCAUUUACAUACUUAAUAAGGACAAUGUUUGUCAUUUGUGUGCAGUACUCUCUCUUUAUUUGUUUUGCUGCUACUAUGAAACUCUGUUAAUGACAGAAAGGGACAUUGUCUAAGCAUCAUGGCCACUUCAAGGAGUCUUUAAAUGCUGUGUUGUUGUUUUUUUGUAUUUUUUACUGCAUUGGAGACCUUUUUGCUGCCUCACAGGUCAUAAUGAAAUAGAACUUUUGAAUUAACACACGAUAAUGUUUUGGGGUGCCUCUCUUUGGAACAAACCAGUAGUCAGCGCCAAUAGACUUAUGAUGUUUGCAAACAUAUUUAUCCAGAAAAUUUGGAAGCAUCCCUAUGAAUUUGUGCUCAAACCUACUGCAUUGGACGUUGCCUUCUGAUUGUACAUUUACAAUCCUCCAUGUUCAUAAAUGAACUCCUGAAAAUCUCAAAUUGACACAUCCCAUAAACGUGUCUUUUGCCACGUAGGAUUCCAGCCAAAAGAGAGUGCAUUCAUUUUUUUGCACUUUUCUUUAAAAUACCAGAACUGUUUUAUUUGUAUUUAUUUAUUUGCUGUAAUUAAUUUUCCUUUUCUUAAGAGCAGGUCUGACACCCCCGAUUAGGCUGGUGGGAGGGAAGGAACGGUUUGAAGGUCGAGUGGAAAUUUUUUAUCAAGGAAGGUGGGGAACAGUUUGCGAUGAUCACUGGGAUGAUAAGGAUGCAGAAGUUAUCUGUAGACAACUGAGUUUAAGGUAAGUUAUAUUAUUCUUUAUAUUUUUUUCCUUAUACUUAGUGGUAGUAUUCUUUUUUCAUUUUUUCAUUAAAGCCACAGAAAUCAAUGCUCAGAGCUAGUAGUUUGCAGAGAGAGAAACAAAUAAGUCAAAACAAAGUUUGCAACCAUGUGAGAUAGACAUGCCAAAUUUGGAAGGUCUAAGAGCGGGAUGGGUGGGCAGUGGGUAGGUAUGCAACUGAUGCAAAUAGAAUCAUUGUUCACAUUGCUGAAUGUGAGGGCUGCAAAGCAUGGUUACCAUUCAGGGUUUCUCAAACACUGUGUGUAAGAAGACAAACUCUGUCCGGCCCCUGACUUUGUAUCCAGACCUAAUCCUACUACACUGGAACCCUCAGAAGCUUCUUCAGCAUCCUGCUACCUUAGCACUACUCACCUAGCAGCCUGAGCUUUUUCAGUGGUACUUUAAAACCAUUAGCCAACUACUGGAUAAAGUGAUAAAUAGGUCCCAACAUUGUGCCCAACCACUAGACAAUGUGUAGUGAAGGAUUAAGACCAGGCCUAGAUGCCACUGUGAAAAAGCCUGAUGGACUGUGAUGACCAAGGGUUGUGGUCUUGAGAACUGACCCAAAGACCUCAGUUGGAAGAGCUCCCUCUCAAGCCACCCCUGUUUUUCACUGUGGGGACGAGGGAGCCAGUGUAUGCCUGUGGUCUGCACUUGCUGUGGGUGUAGACCAAAUACAAGGCUCUGGAUAGCUAAUCAGAAUGUACAGUAACUCUCUGAUACCUACCUAGAGCUGACUGAAAGUGGCAGGUUGCACUUGCUAAAGGUGCAGACAAGAGAACUGCUCCACCUGACCACUUUGGGGUAGUGCGCGUCUCAUUGGUGAUGACACAACACACAUCUUCACCAGUCUUACCCCCUCAUAUUAGGCUGCUCAGCCUUUAAACCCCCAUGUCAGAUUUUAUCCUAGUCCUGCCAUGGACAAGACAACAUGAACAUAGUAAAGACAAAUAGGAAUUCGGGGCACACCAGUAUUAAUCUAUAUUAAAGACCACAUAAACAGACAGAGUGCAACAUAAAGCCAAAUCAAGCAAGUACAAGAACCUGAUAGAAGACUACAACAACAUGCAAUGGGAACCAGCAACAUGCUGGGCGCAUGUGCCAAGAUAUCUAAGCUAUGUUGAGUAAAUGGCUGACGGGAUGGGAGCCAAUUCCUAUGAGUAUACUGGAAGUUGGUGGCUGGGUGUAUAAAAGAGCACUACAUGAUGGAGAAAAUUCCUACAAUCUAAAGUUACCCUCUAAUAACUUACCCCUAAAUUACAUUCCCAAAUAUUCUAGUCACCAGAGUGACAUACACCUGAAUAUUAGCAGGCACCCAUUGAUGGCUGGCUCAGGUGCUUUGAGGCCAGUUAACCCUAAUGGAGGACCGCUGGUAAGGCUCCAAGAAGUGUGUUGGUAUGUGUCAGUAUUGCCUGUGGGGAAAGGUGCAAUUACAGUCAGUUGCAUCACCCAGGAUUUUCAAUUUCCCCAUCACAGAAUAGCAUUCUAACCAUAAAUUAAUCAUUUCAGUCUUGCCAACCUAAAUAAUGCACUCUUCCUAAAUUAUGAUAACUCUCAUUAGUCUCAGUUCUCAUUAGACAUAAUCUUUUAGGUGCCAGUAAGGAUUUACCCUUAAAGUCUCAAACUACAGUUUCUGCACUGUGGUGCCAGAAGUCCUGUCUUCCGCAAAUUUGUCAAACAUAUUAUAUAAUUUUACACUUACCUAUGUCAGGCACCUUCCAUCCUUUCAGCCUGAGUUAGUUUAAUAAAGCAAAAAUUCUGCAUUAUCAUACCAAGUCAUAACAGACGUAAACAGUUGAAUAAUGACCAAACCUGGUGAGUUGGUUUAAUCAUUCAAAAGUUAGAACUCACAUUAGGACCUCAGACACCCGACACAGUAAAGUAAAUGUCAAACAUUUAGUAUACGCUUUGAUAGAUUACUGGUUGCACUCUUUAGUGGUUAUGGUGCCUAGAGAGUUGCUUUAAUAAUUCUACAGCAAUGAAUCUCAAUCUUCAAUGAGUGUGAAACACUUGUCUUCCACUUAUUUUAGAUUACACACAAUAAGUAAGAUACAAAUUGCUUUAUCUUUUAGUUGUUCAGACUGCAUGCAAAAAGUUUUUACCUAGACCCCUGACAACUAACUUUUGUCUUCAUUUAACAUUUACAUUUGAAAUGAUAUUUCUUACAUCUGCAAAGUAGUUUCAUGUUAAGAUUUUUCCAAUAACCUUGAAAUAGUGUUCUUUUUGUAUAAAUACCAUCACCUAUUUAAGUUCAUCGGUCACACUGUCUGGACAUGGAUAUGUAAACAUUCUCUACAUAUACUUUGUGAAUGGUUAUUUUCAGUGGCAAGCCAAAAGCUUUGGUCUGGGCUCAUUAUGGUAAAGGAUCUGGUUCCAUACUCCUGGAUGAAGUUGAGUGUUUAGGAAAUGAGUCAUCUCUGGACUUGUGCCAGAAGAACGAAUGGGGGCAUCACAACUGUGACCAUAUUGAAGAUGCCGGAGUUUCUUGUGAUCCCUUUACUGGUAUGUGUUUUGGAUUUUCUAGGUGUAAAUAAUAAAGCUGGUAACUAGUCUCCUAAAAUUAGCUCAAGGAUUGCAUAAAAUGCUAUCGUUAAAAAUUGCACUCAUGUUUUUUGAGAUCAUGGAAUUCUAUGAGACUAUCCUCUAUUUGUCUUACUCUAUGUAAUUUUUAUAACGUAUAAAACAUACAUUUAUUAAAAUGACUACUUUCGGUCAAUUAAGACAUUUAAAGCUAAUAUUUUACUGUUGUGUAUGCUUUUAAAUGUUACCUUACAACAGUAUAUUUAAAAUAAUUAAAAUCAUGUAUUGAACUGUGUUAAAUGCUAUAUAUAAAUCCAACCUUUUAUACAUAAGAAAAAGUGGGGACUACAUAAUAUUAUAUUGUUCAGAAAAUAUGAAAUAUAAUGAAAAAGUUAUAAAAAAAAAAAAAGAAAUCAGUAUUAUUCAAAGGACUUUCAAAUUAAUCAAAACUUUACCAUGCCCAUACAUGCCCAAAUAUAUACAUGCCCAAAUACAUCAGUGUUUCGAUCUCAUGGGGUCAUUAUAUUGCUUGAUAAGUAAUUUGAGUGGUGCUGAUGUAUUUCUCUCUUAUGCAUAGCGUGAUAGCGUGGGUUAGCACCUAGGCAUAUUGCUGUUUAUUACUUUUUUUGAUGAGAGCAGAGGGAAUAUAUAUAUAUAUAUAUAUAUAUAUAUAUAUAUAUUCCUUACUUUUUCCUUUACAUAAAAGGGACAAAAAAAAUAAUUAAUUAAAAAAAAAAAAAAACACUGACAGCUUGACUUUAAAUGUGCAAAAUUCCUUGUAUUGUUUCCCAAAUUCAAAGUAAAGUGAUUAAGCCCCAUAGUGUUAGCUGGAUUCAUUUGUAUAUACUGAGGAAUAGCUAUAUGCUUGUGUACACUGAUUCAUGAUGUGCAUUAUGGAAACUCCAGCUCCAUGACCCUAACUAAUACAUACUUAAAAUAAAUAGCAAGUUCUUUUUAAUUAAUUGUAAUAGAGCCCAGUAUUAACCCCUUAUGGACACAACUUCUGAAAUAAAAGGGAAUCAUGACGGAAUAUUUCUGUUAUGUGUCCUUAAGGGGUUAAAGAACUGCUAUGCAUGAUAGGAAUUCCAUGCAAAGACGGAAUAGCAUUCUUUGGGUUUACUUAGUAAUGCAGGCGAUGGCUAGUACAGGGCUGGUACUCUGUAAGUUGUGUCCCUCCCACCCUGGCCUGCCACUCAUCAAUAUAAUGAUAUUUUGUCAAUGAGGUGUUUUUUCCCCCAGAUUAUAUUGUUAAUUGUGUAAUGAAUCAAAAGAAAAAGUCAAGUAAAUGUACAAUGUAUAGUCAGUUGCUGUUUUAUUGUCCAUUAAAGUAACAAACAACAAUAUUAUUUUGUUAUUUAUAUAGCGCCAGCAAAAUGCCAUAGCGCUGUAUGAAAUAUGAAACAACAAUGUGAAGAACAAUCAAAAGAAUAACAAAAAUGGUGUAAAGUAGGUGCGUGGGUGGUGGGAAUGAGACAAAGGAGACCUUGUCAUAAUUGUAAUACAGCUUCGCAAGUAAAGGUGUCUACCAUGUACCAUGUCUACACAGAUCAAUAUAAAGGGUUGGGUGGAUGUGGUAUAUGAAGUUCGACAAAACGUUGUCAUGGUGUAGUACCCUAACACGCAUAGUGUAAGAUAAAAAGGGACAAGAUAAGGAUUUAACAUAUUACCGGGCAUUAGAAUGGCCGGACUAAACGUCAGACAGAGAUAAAGCGUAGUCAGACACGAGCCGAGGUCAGGGUAAUGGAGAGACAGCGAAAACGAGAACCAGCCAGAGUCAGGUACAUGGUAAUCAGUCAGAAGGGCAAACAAGACAGGAUAGGGUUAAAGAUAAACUCAGUCAGGAACAAAGCCAAGGUCAAUACCAGAAUAAACACAAUAGAUCAAGGAAAGAACUAAAGGGUACUGAAAACAGAAACCACGAUAGGGCAAAGUGGACAGGGCUAGGGGAGUUUAAAUAGCCUUACUUAACAUUUCAUUGGCCCACGUGAUGCCUACACCCCCAAAAUGUAUGUUUGUGGGGGGCGCCAAAAUGACGUGGGCAAAUAGGAGCCUGCACCUACUUAUGACUCCCACUGCCCCUUUAAGAGCACGCUCGUGACACCAGUCGCGCUCCUAGUGCGAGGCAGGGCACAUAACCUUUCACUGCGGUCAGUGCACGUGACCUGCUGAGAAGAGGAGAUUGAGCCACGCACGCUCGUGACACCAGCCGCGCUCCUAGUGCGAGGCGGGGCAUAUAACCUUUCACUGCGGUCAGUGCACGUGACCCGCUGAGAAGAGGAAAUUGAGCCACGCACGGCUCGAGCUGAGGACCCUGGCUGGCCCCCGCUUAAGGUAAAUACUGCCACAAAAGUAAAGAAGUGGAGUGGUGGUUGGGAUGCCGACAGAGGAAACGUUUUUCAAGCAGAAUUUUAAUAACAUUUUAAUGCAAAUAUAAAAAUAUAAUUUACCUUGUUUCUAAUGACAAGCAUAUUUUGCAUUAUGACCGCAGAUGGCUUAGUCAGAUUAUUUGGAGGAAGCAAUGCUGGUGAAGGUCUGGUCCAAAUAUACUACAAAGGUGACUGGGGGUCCGUAUGUGAUGAUGGAUGGACAGUACUUAAUGCACAGGUGAUUUGCAGACAGCUUGGAUUCAGGUGUGUUUCAAAGUUUCAAUUAUGCUGCUAAAAAUGCUGACUAUAAAUUACCAUUAAUGAGUAUAAUAUGGUAUUACGUUUAUUGAUUUAGCCUCUAUUUUAACCCCUUAAGGACACAUGACUUGUGUGAUAUGUCAUGAUUUCCUUUUAUUCCAGAAGUUUGGUCCUUAAGGGGUUAAAGUGUUAUUCUUUAGCUACUACCUAAAACCAUACAAAAUAACUCUAGGUAAGCUCAUGGCCAUCUGAUGGCUCAGAUAAAAAAUAUUACCAUAGUCUUCAACACAAUAAUGUCUCCAGCAAAUAAAUUAGUGAUGUAGGCUUCAAUUUAACAUUUUUGCAUAAGCUUUCCAAAUGAUUUAAUAUUUUUAGAUAAGCUUUUACAAUUAUUUAAUAUUGUGAAAAAAUAUUUCAAUGUUGUAAUAUUGUAAUUUUUUUUUUAUAUACUGACAUAGUUUAUAUGUAUGAUAUAUUUUCUGAUAUUUUAGUAAUGUCAAAAAAAUCAACUUAAAAGUUUAGCCAAAAAUAUUAGAUCAUUUGGAAAGCUUGUACAACAAUAUUACAUCAAGGCCAUAUUUAGUGGAGAACAUUAUUACUAGAGUUAUUUUUUGUGUCUGUAACUUCAAGAAUAUAUGACUAUGUACUUACUAUGAUCCACACACAACUCUCUGGCACUACCUAGUGUCUUAGCUUGGCUCUGCAAGUAAACUUUCUAGCUCUUGGAACACAAGGACAAUCCCAAUUUUUUAAAAUAAAAACUGACUUACCAGCUGUGUUAAUUUUGGCGUCAAAUUUCAAUUUACUUUUAGUGAUAGUCUUUUGACUAAAAAGUAAUCUGAAUUGCUUUAGUUUUAGUCUAGUUUUAGUCGACCUAUCUCCAGUAGAUUUUAGUUGACUAAAUCUAUUGGAGAUAUUUUUUACAUGACUUUUACGUGAAAGCCUCUAUCUGUCUCUUUUGCCCCUUACCCAGCCCCUCUGUGUCCCUUUGUUUCCUCCCAGGCCCUCUAGGUGUCUCUCUCCCAAGCCCUGGUCUGUCUCUUCUGCCCCUUCCACAGCCCUUCUGUGGCUCCCUCACAUACCAGUGUCAAUUUUGGUGGCAAAUUUCAAUUCAGUUUUAGUCAUAGUCUUUUGACUAAAAAUCCAUUUUAGUUCUAGUCGUAUUUUAGUCAUCUGAAUUGUUUAAAAAAUAUCUAUAUAUUGUCUAUAGGUCCGUGUAUAUCUUCUGUUGAGGGAUAACUCCUAUUGAAUCAAACACUAAAAUUAAGUCGGGAGUAAAAAAGGGGGAUAAUUCCUGGUGUACCCAGUAGAGUGGAAGCCAAAACCGAAAAUCUCUUCAUAAUUAAAAUGUAACUUUUAAUAGAUACUAGUAUAAAACCACAAACAUCACUAUACUCAUACCACCACCUUAAAAACAAUUAUGGUUCACUAUGAAGGAAAAGUUAUAUGAAAGGAUCUCUGCUUUUAAUAGAGCCUAGAGAGUCCUAACAAUAAAGAUGGUUAAUAGUGACCUCUUUGGUAAACUACGGUUAGUAUGUAACAAAUUUUUCAAAUUUCCACUGGAAACAUGGUCUGCUACCUAAACAAUGUUAAAUGUUAUCUUACUCGGUUUUGGCUUCCACUCCACUGGGUAUACCCGAAUUUUAUUCCCCUUUUGUACUCCGGAUUUAGUUAGCUUAAUUUUGGUAUCUGAAUUGUUUUAGUUUUAGUCUAGUUUUAGUCAACUAAAUGUAAAAAUUUUUAGUAGACUAUAAUUUGACUCAAAUUGUUAUUCGCCAAAAUUAACACUGCUUACCAGUAGGUAGGGGAGGAAGAAUACAGUAGCAGUAAAGAUGGAACAUUGGCCAGUGGCACAGAAGGUCAACUCCAAAUGUAUGUCAGAAUGGAGGAAAGCUCCAUACAACAACUGCUCGCCAAAAAAAAGUUAUUGAAAAGUCUGCUGAAAACAACCAGAAAAAUGAAAAAUAAUCUGUACAUGUUCCUGACCUUGAAAACCUUAUUAACUGCUUACACGUAUAAUUCUUUAUUUAUAAUUGAGCUCUUUUACUUGUGUUAUAAGUAAUCUUGUCUACAUUGUACUAAAAUGUAUCAAAUACCAUCUUUACAGUGGUCCUUCUAUUGUGGCAUCAAAGGGAGAGUUUGGCCCAGGUGAAGGCUUCAUAUUUUUGGAUGAUGUCAUCUGCACAGGUCUGGAGUAUACUAUUCUGGAAUGUUCUCAUAGUAGCUGGGGUCAACAUGACUGUUCUCAUUCUGAAGAUGUUGGAGUAAAAUGUACAAAUGACAACAAUGAGAUCGUGGAAGAGCCCACUGGUAAUAUAAAAAUUCUGCUUAGGUGAUGCUUAAUUAUGCCGUCUGUAAUAUUCUAAUUAAAACAAAAUAUUUAUUCAUGACAUUAUUUUAUGUAAUUUUCUUGUUAUCGUUUUGUUUUGGCUUUUUAAUUCUUUAUUUUUGCAGUGCAUAGAAAGAUGUACAUGCCAUUACAUGGUAGAUUGCAAGACUUAUCAGUAAAACAGUAAAUCAGAAAAAACAUUGCACUUAUUUUUAUAUUAAAGCCGAACAAUCAAACUCUGUAGUUUUAGUUUAGUAUCUAGUGUUAUUGUGAGACUCGUUAUGGCUUACAUGUUAUAAGCAUUGUCUUUCAAUGUGAAUAACACCAUGCGCUCCUGUGAAGCGUGGCUGAGAGUAUGUGGACCAAUAGGGCUUUAUUAUCUAAAAGCGUGUUGUCCUAUGAGUUGUCUCAUACUGGUAAGGUCUAGUAAUGAAACCUUCAGAGUGGGUCAGUGGUGCGUUAUUGUUUUCUAAGUUAACCACUGUGCACAUUUUCUUCCGGUGCAAAACAUUGGAUUUUAACACUCUCUAAGGGAUCUUGUUUACUACCUUUCCAGUAUGUUCCUGGAAUCUCAGAGAAUUCUUUUUUAAAUUAUUUUUGUUAAUGUAUUACUAGACUUUAAUGUUUCUUUUUAACACAAGGUAGAUUGCAAUCAAACCAAAUCAGCUGUCUGCCUAACCUUCAAAUUCAUGCACUAAUAAGAAGGCAAUCGUUAAAUAUACAAAGAUAGUAAAAUAUGAUUAACCUAUUCAUGCCCCAGAUGUCUCAAAUUCUCUGUGAAAUUUUUGGCGACCAAUUAGGGAUGUGCCCAUAUCAUAUUUCCAACCGAAGAAAUGUUAGCAUUACCUUCAUGAAAAAAUGCACAUUGUUGAAAAUGAGACAAAAUUCCUUAUCUCACAUGGUCCACUUUAACAUUUUCACAAUACAUUUUGCUGUCUAUUUCUGCCACAGUGUUCGGCAAGCAUUUUGUUUCUGCGUUUUUACAAUAAGAUAAAUGGCGACUAUCCUAUAUUAUUUAUUAAAUGUAGACACCCCUUGGUAUUUCAUAAGGAGCAUAGCAACACUUUAAAUUGAGUUAUGUCAUUAUUCACUGUCAGUAUUUGGGAUAAUAUUUAUCUGACACGGGGUGUGCACCAAACAUAGAAAAUAUUCAAAUUUGUUCAGUUCAAACCCUGAAUACAGACUUCCCAGUGUCCUCAAUGCUUCAAACCCUUCUUUCCCUCCCCCAAAAAAAGUUCAGGGGAGUUGAGGAGACUGGUUGGUAUACAUUUCCCUCUCACUCAGGAUCAUUGUAAGAAUGAGACUAGCAGGGAUGAUACAGUUAGCUGAUUUUGCCAAUAUCCAAACACUGGUAAUACUAACUAUUGUCCAGGAUUGGUUAAUAAGACUGUUUAUUCAGUCUUUGCAUCAGUUUUAUUGCAUGACAUACCUAGAACAUCAUUGAUCAAUUAUAAAAUAGUUCUAAAAUAAAAUACAGCCUUUUAUGUCUAAAUGCUAAUUUAAUAAUCUCCAGGACCUCCUGUUCGAUUGGUGGAUGGAGAAAACACGAAGGAAGGCAGAGUGGAGGUUUUCCUCAAUGACGAAUGGGGCAGUGUAUGUGAUGAUGGUUGGACAGACAAUGAUGCAGUUGUGGUGUGCAGACAGCUUGGUUACAGGUGGAGUAAAUACAGCAAAACUGCAUCUGUUGAGUUGUGAUUGCAAUUUUUUGUAUAAAUAUUUGCCAACAAAAUGAUAAAGAAGGAGUAAAUGAUAACAUUUUUCUCAAGGAUUAAUAUUAUUGACUGGAUCCUUAAUUAAAUGAUAUAAUGGCAACAUGUUAUAUAUAUAUAUAUAUAUAUAUAUAUAUAUAUAUAUAUAUAUAUAUAUAUAUGUUCUAAAAGUGGUAUUUGAGAAUUAGAAACAUAGAAACAUAGAAUGUGACGGAAGAUAAGAACCAAUUCAGCCCAUCUAGUCUGCCCAAUUUUCUAAAUACUUUCAUUAGUCCCUAGCCUUAUCUUAUAGUUAGGAUACGUAUGCUUAAACUCCUUUACUGUGUUAACCUCUACCACUUCAGCUGGAAGGCUAUUCCAUGCAUCCACUACCCUCUCAGUAAAGUAAUACUUCCUGAUAUUAUUUUUAAACCUUUGUCCCUCUAAUUUAAGACUAUGUCCUCUUGUUGUGGUAGUUUUUCUUCUUUUAAAUAUAGUCUCCUCCUUUACUGUGUUGAUUCCCUUUAUAUAUUUAAAUGUUUCUAUCUUAUCCCCCCUGUCUCAUCUUUCCUCCAAGCUAUACAUGUUAAGAUCCUUUAACCUUUCCUGGUAAGUUUUAUCCCGCAAUCCAUGAACCUGUUUAGUAGCCCUUCUCUGAACCCUCUGUAAGGUAUCCAUAUCCUUCUUAAGAUACGGUCUCCAGUACUGUGUACAAUACUCCAAGUGAGGUCUCACCAGUGUUCUGUACAAUGGCAUGAGCACUUCCCUCUUUCUACUGCUAAUACCUCUCCCUAUACAACCAAUCAUUCUGCUAGCAUUUCCUGCUGCUCUAUUACAUUGUCUGCCUACCUUUAAGUCAUCAGAAAUAAUCACCCCUAAAUCCCUUUCCUCAAUUGUUGAGGUUAGGACUCUAUCAAAUAUUCUGUACUCUGCCCUUGGGUUUUUACGUCCAAGAUGCACUAUCUUGCACUAAUCCACAUUAAAUGUCAGUUGCCACAAUUUUGACCAUUUUUCUAGUUUACCUAAAUCAUUUGCCAUUUGGCUUAUCCCUCCUAGAACAUCAACCCUGUUACAUAUCUUAGUAUCAUCAGCAAAAAGACAUACCUUACCAUCAAGACCUUCUGCAAAAUCACUAAUAAAAAUAUUAAAGAGAAUGGGUCCAAGUACAGAUCCCUGAGGUACCCCACUGGUGACAAGUCCAAGCUUCGAAUAUAUUCCAUUAACCACAACCCUCUGUUGCCUGUCACUCAGCCACUGCCUUACCCAUUCAACAAUAUUGGAAUCCAAACUUAAAGAUUUCAGUUUAUUGAUAAGCCUUCUAUGUGCAACAGUGUCAAAAGCCUUACUGAAAUCUAGGUAAGCAAUGUCUACUGCACCACCCUGAUCUAUAAUUUUAGUUACCCAAUGAAAAAAAUCAAUAAGAUUAGUUUGGCAUGAUCUCCCUGAAGUAAACCCAUGUUGUCUCUGAUCUUGAAAUCCAUGUGUUUUUAGAUGUUCAACAAUCCUAUCCUUUAACAUGGUUUCCAUCACUUUCCCCACUACUGAAGUAAGGCUUACUGGCCUAUAGUUGCCCGACUCCUCCCUAUUACCUUUCUUGUAAAUGGGCACAACAUUCGCUAACUUCCAAUCUUCUGGGACUACUCCUGUUAACAAUGAUUGGUUAAAUAAAUCUGUUAAUGGUUUUGCUAGUACACCACUAAGCUCUUUUAAUAGCUUUGGGUGUAUUCCAUCAGGUCCCAUUGACUUAUUUGUCUUUACUUUUGACAGUUGAAAUAGAACCUCUUCCUCUGUAAACUCACGUGUAAUAAAUGACUCAUUUAUCCUUUUUCUCAACUGAGGUCCCUUUCCUUCAUUUUCAUCUGUAAAUACAGAACAAAAAUAUUCAUUGAGGCAGUCAGCUAGACCUUUAUCCUCUUCUACAUACCUUCCUUCUUUUGUUUUUAAUCUAACUAAUCCUUGUUUUACUUUUCUUUUCUCAUUUAUGUAUCUAAAAAAUGUUUUGUCCCCCUUUUUUUACUGACUGUGCUAUUUUCUCUUCUGUGUUCGAUUUGGAAGCUCUUAUAACUUUCUUAGCCUCUUUCUGCCUAAUUGUUCUUGAAAGUUUUCAAAACAGUGAGAAUUUUAUUUUAUAUAAAAAGCAACUAUGGAGCAAAGUUCUGAAAGUAUUGUAGAGCUGCAAACAUAUACAAAUGGUUUUCAUGCUGAGUGGACCACUACUAGAACUUUGUCCCAGAAUUGUUUUGUUUUUUAUUUUUUUUACACAGAACCCCCAACAUGCUUCACACCUAGCUAUAAACUAGAAUAGUCUCCCUUUUUUCCAUUGCUGUGUAGUAAGGUGUAAUAAUUAUUAGUUGCCUGAAAGGAGCUCUGUCACUUCUGAAUGGUGCAUAAAAAGUUCUGCACAAAAUACUCAUAUUGACUUUAUUGGAAUUUCACUGCUAUUUCAAUGCAAAUAAAAUAUACAAUGAGACAAAGUAGGGGAUAUUUUGUUUAACGGCAAAGCUGAAGUUGACAGUAUCUUUUGGGGACAUUAUGAUUUUCUCAUUCAGAGGUCUUGCCAAAGCAAGAACAAUGGCAUAUUUCGGUGAAGGACAAGGGCCGAUUCACCUGGAUAACGUAGAUUGCAGCGGGUCCGAAAACACCUUGGCAGAAUGCAACAAGCAGGACAGUGGAAUACAUAACUGUUGGCACAAUGAAGAUGCUGGAGUUAUAUGUGACUACAAAGAGAAGAAAGUCAUCCGAGAAAAGAAUACAGGUUAGUGUGCCCAUUAGGUGGGUGAUGAACUCCAGUUAGACACAAACCAAGGGUUCCUCAGGUGUCUGUAGCCAGACAUUCUUCAUAUUGUUAUUGUGGAAUCUGCACUUGCUUAUACUUCGGAUCAAAUUCAUUUUUAUAUGGCAUUCAUUGGAUGAGUGUUUCAGCUGAUAUGCUCAACAAAUGAAUGUCUUCUAAUGUUGGACAAAACUUAUAUUGCUAACGGGGAAGUGCAACAUUUGUGAUAGCAAUAUGCUAAGCAAGAGGCCGUACAAAUAGAUAUUGAAGUGGGCUCUCAUGUUCUUGGAUAAUAUAAAUAUUUGAUAAAAUAGCUCAUUUGGCUAAUGGGCCAGUUAGAUACUCUGUUAACACCUAAUUAUUUACAGGUUCUGGUUGUUGCCAGCCAGCACUCCUUCUGCAAAUAAACUCAAUAAAAGCAUGGACCUCAGCACCUUCUGCUCCUGUACGUUCAACUUGUCUUGUUUCAACAUUUUGUUUGCUAGUCCACCUGUUGCACAGUGCUGCAGAAUUUGCUGGCACUUUAUAUAUAAAAAUAAUUAAAGGACUUAGUUAAAGGACUAUUAAAGUAUAACAAAUCACUCCAUUGAGAUGAGCUGGAAUGGGUGCAAAGGUCCUGUCACUUUAACCUUGCAAUGCAAAACAUUGCAGUUUCUACUAAACUGCCUUGUUUACUUUGUAGGGUUAAAGACUUCUAGUGGCUGUCUUCCAGAGAAUCGUGAUAAUUCAAAGUGAAUUUAAAAUUUAAGGCCUAAAUAGCAGAACAAUUCAGCUUUGUUUCCAGUUGAGCAACUUACUUUUCCCACAAUCCAAACUUUAGUGAAUAAUCCUUUCAAAAUCUGAGCCCUCUUAAGGAAAAUGUAUUAUAUAAGUAGUUGGUCAAUAUUAUGACUACACAUAUUGUUGUGCACAUUAUCAAUGAAAAAAUAAAUCUAAUAGCUUAGUUAAAAAGUGCUGAUUCUACACUGUGGGCUCGCUAAGAGACUUAGGUGAAACCCUAGAGCAGAUAUCACAACUACCAGGUGAAUGGAACUCAAUAUGCCCUAACCUGAGACAGGAGGUCCUGUGAGUUUCAUGCAACCACACUUUUGACCACCUUCACCAUACCCUACAAUAGCGUGUGCUCAUGCCAUUCCAACAAAUGUUGUAAUUACCAGUCCCGUAUUCGCAUAAUUUAACUCUAUCAUCUGUUUACUGCUUACGGUAAUAUGUACACAUAAUGCAACUACCCUGUUAUAUGACUCUACUAACAAUAUCUUCGUUCUGUAACACCCCUGUAUCCCCCUUUAUUUUUAUUUUUUAAACCGAAUUGUUUUAACGGUGUGUUCCCACCGUCAACAAGUUUUAAGGCCACAGGCCUGUAUUUGUGGGAGGAGUUAGCGUUCCUAUAAAACGCUACUCCCCGUUCUUAUCUUUGCCGUCACGUAUGCUGAUCACCCCACCCACCUCACACUCUCCAUACCUUCGGGGGGGGGGGGCCUCUUUUUUAUAGGCCUACCCCUACGUCGGUUUCGGCACACCACACCCACUUAAACCAAUCUCAAGGUAUUUCACGGUCACUAAAGUAACCGACCACAAGCAAUAUAUAUAAUAUAUGUGGAAAUUAAAAUAAAGAAUGUUAAAAAAAAAGUAAUGAUCCUACUUUUCUCUUUUUACAGGUAUAUCCGCAGUGUGUGGAAUCAGUCCUCUUCUUCAACGCAAGAAAAGAAUUGUUGGUGGAACCAAAUCAAUAAGGUAUUUAUUUUUCAUAGUCAGCUAUGCUUUUAAUUUGGCUACCCUGGCCUUAAAUUUGGAAUUCACUUUGAUUUCACUUUAGUAAGAAACCCUGUAAGUGUUUGGAAUGGAAUAAUGGAAUGUGAUUUCUAUUUUAUUCAAGUGUAUUCUGGGAUAAACGUAUAAUGAUUGAAAGGAUGCAAAUUGUUACACUUUGGAAGCAUUACUUUGUCAGUGGGAUAUGUGGUAAGUUAAUAGCCAUACAUCUUUAAUCUGAUUCCAAUUUUACAAAACUAGUGUUGCGCGGCUCUCUAAUUCUGCCUUCACAUAGAGAGGGACUGAGGGAGCUGAGCAGCCGUUUUUAGUAAUAUACACUUCCUUUUUUUGUAAUGUACGCUUUUUUAAUAGAGAAUAAUACAUUAUGAUUGUGAAGGCCAGGUUGAAAAUCUAAAUUAUGAGAUAUAGGAAACAGCAAGCUAGAAAAUUUACCAAACAUUAAACAUUACCUAGUGUUCUACAUUUUUCCCCAGACCCGAAAUGUAGGUAACAAGGUAGGAUGAUCUUAUUCCUUCAGAUAAAAAUUUGGAUUCUUCAACCAAGCUAUUGUGUUAAUUGGAGCUCCUAUACAUUCCUGCUCUAUACUUAUCCAGCCUUUAGGCUUCCUUUCAGACCAGUCAAGUAUCUGAGUCAAAUGAACUGCCUGAUAAUAAUAUCGAUAAAUGUCCAGAACUCCCAGAUCCCCCUAAACUUUUUGAUCUAAUCAGAUAAACAUAAGCCAGGCGUGGGGGCUUAUUUCCCUAAAUUUAUCCUAAAAUAGUAUGCCUUAACUGUUUAAAAAAAGACCUUGGUAGCCAAAUUGGGACAGUCUGAAACAUAAAAAGCAGCCUGGAGAGGACAUUCAUUUAUAACACCGCCACCCGGCCAUACCGUGAUAUCUGUGGUAAUGACCAAUUUCUCAAGUCUUUAGUAAUUUGUUUAAUCAAAGGAGAAAAGUUCAAAUCAUACAAAUCCUUACACUUGUAUGGUAAAUUAAUCCCCAAGUACUUUAAAACUACAUUAACCCUCAUCAAAUGAAAGGUUCCAGAAAGCUUCUCCCUAUCAUCAUUUUCUAUAGUAAAUAUUAGUACUUCACAUUUUGCCUUCUGACUUCUGUCUUCCGAUACCAUUAGCCUCAGCCUGCUAAUUUCUACCAUAAGAAGCUUAUUAGCGCAAUCCUUAUCGCUCACUACACCUCUUUGAAUUCAUUUGUGCAACAUGUGUUGGGCUCCAGCCUAUUUUCAGUACAUUUAAGGCAGACUAUGUCACUGCUAGCCUACUGUUUUUUUCCUAUUUUGGUUCUAUGUUGGACUUUAUUCUAUCUCUGGAAAACCUGAAGCUACUAAUUUGCUGUAAUAACCUGCAAUACCUAUCAGCUAUUUGAUUCCAUGUUCUUAAAGAGGUACACUUAGACCUGGGAAAGGAAAGGAAUAGUGACAAAACUGUAAAAAAAAAACCCCACCAGUUUCCCUUUUCCUUCUAUAGAAGGUACGGGGGUGGAAAUAGGAGAAUGGAGAAGGAGGAAGUCCAACAUGUUAACAUGUUUUUUUUUUUUUUAAUUCUUUAUUUUUUCACUCAAUAGACGCAGCAAGUAUUCAUCAACUUUUUGGGCUUACGCAGAAGCCAAUGUGAAUUCAAUUCUCAUAAGCAUAACAUAGUGCAACAAAUACGAUCUACGCCCAUUCCUUAAACAACUAUUGGUACCUGUCGUCUACAAAGGGUUUUUUUUAUUUUUUAUUUUUUUUUAUUAUUUUUUUUGUGUGUGUCAUAUUAUAGGUUAUAGCAAGUACAUGGCCAACUUAAAUGCUUACGCAGAAGCCAAUGGCAAGCAACACUGCCUUGGGCACAAGAGGCGUAUAUCCAUUACAUAUCGAUAAGUCAUGUUGAAACAUGUUAACAUGUUUAUGGUACACGUUAUAGCAGACAAAUUGUAUCUCCACAAAUAUUAAUAACUGUUUACAUGAAUCAUACAACAUACAGGGACAAUAUUCCUGCUACAAGAAAUAUGGGACAGUGUAAAAGAAACAAGUACAAAAAGCAGUAAAGAAUUUUGUUUUUGACAAUUCAAAGACAAAUACUGGUGCUGUCAAUAAAUAUUAGAGGCAAGAUCUGCAAAUUACACAUUUGCCUUGAUAUUCCGAUUAUAUCGUAUUCUAAAAACAUGUUUUCUCUUGUUUAGGGGCAGUUGGCCAUGGCAGGCUUCAUUGAGGCUAAAGGGAUUCCCGAAAGAGUCUCGGUUACUGUGCGGUGCAACGCUGAUAAGCAAUUGUUGGGUUCUAACAGCGGCUCACUGUUUCAAGAGGUAAAGAAAAUAUCUUGUGUUUCUCGCAUUGUUGCUCUUCAAGAUUGAGAGUAUUCUCACCACAAAAACAACAAAAUGAAGCUGCAAUCAACAUGACUACUAUAACUAUCUGUAAUGGUUUGCUUGUCUUGGGUAAACUGGUGCCAUCCUUCUGUUUAAUUUCAAAAUGGUUUGGAUGACAAACUGAUUUGACCUAAACUAAACAAACAGUUUGAACAUGUUUCCAGUGCCCAGAUACUGCCUCCUCCUCAGCCACAUUUGGUAAUAUUUAAUUAACACAAAUUAUCAAUGUGAAUUGUAUCCAACUUACGUAGCAUUGAUUGGCUGAGGAAAAGAUGUCCGUUAGGCACCAUUAAGAACCCUGGUUUAUGUUUGUCAUUAAACCGGAUGAUGGGGUCAGGACGCUACAGAAAUCUAUUGUGGGUAUGUGCUUAGGCAGUCCUUUAAAAAAAUGUAAAAACAUUUUUAGCACGACAUAUUGAACACUUUAUGUUUUACAGAUUAAUACAAGGUUGGAGUGACCACUUAAGUUGUAUAUAUUUAUGAUCCAAUGUCUUAGAAACGGAGAAUGAAAUGGUCAGGUUAGCUGAGUGAGUUUUUUUUUAAGUUGGCACUUAUUGCCUACAUAAACAUGUAUUCACUCUUUAUAAUAUUACAGGGCAUAUUGCCAUUUGUAAUCAGUUUAUAUAUACAUUUCCAAUUGUAUUGGUCUCUCACAAGAAAGGGCUUUCUAAGAAACCUUAAAUUUGCUCCAUGUUUACUAUCAUUUCUAAAGUAUCAGAAUUCACUAAUGGGUAGCUUCAUUCUUCACACAUGAAAGGACAGGAAACCUAACGUGAAAUUAGUAGAAAUCAUAGUGCCUGCUCCCUACCAGUCAGUCCCUGUAAAUAAUAUUUUCCCUAGGGAGUGUCAAAUAUCAAUCCUUCAAUGUGCAUUAAUCCUCAGAAGGUGUAAGCAAAAAGCUAAUUUAAUGAGCUGUUUAAUCAAUGGGACAUCUUCACUGUUUCUGCUUAGACACAGGGUUAUUCUCCCAAGUCUGCUAGUUAGCAGUCCCAUGGGAUUCAAUCACAGGAGGCAUCGUGGAUAGCCAACACAAUACAUUGCAGAGGAGAAAAGGAGAUCAGUAUGACCAGACUUAUAAAGCGGUACAAAUUCUCAAUUCCCUAAGCCUCAGCAAAUUAAAAGCAAAGUUCCUGGAAGAAAUUAAUCAGUUCUUCUUGGUUACACACGAAAGGAUACAAAACAAUAGGAAAAGAAUAGAAUGCAUAAUGUCUAAGAAUAUCCCUGAGCAGCAGAUCAUGAGGCAACCAUAGGAAGUACCCAACAACCUUGUAGAAUAGAAGGCAUUAGCUUAGAAAAUACAAAAUGCUGUCUAAGAACCAACAAUUUCUUUUUUCCCUAAAAGACCCCACAUAGGAAUAUGUUACAAGUAGGAUAGCAAACUAAUGCUGAAGAUGCUAGUCUAAUAGUAUAACCCAGAGUAGUCUAUAGUGGAAAUUUAUAAUUACCCCGUUGCAAGCCUACUAUUUGUUUUUCAGCUGUCAACUCCAUUUUACGUUCCUGUUUGAUACUUUGUGACUCUUCUUUACUCGUACAGGUUUGGUGUACAAGCCCAUCGCUACUCUGUUAGAGUUGGGGAUUACCACACUGGAGUGGAAGAUGAAUUCGAACGAGAGCUUCUUGUGCAGAAGAUUGUAAUUCAUAAGAACUACCAUUCGGGAAGCAUUGACAAUGAUAUUGCUCUAAUCAGAGUAAAGGGCAGGGAUGGGCACUGUUUGCCAUUCACUUACCAUGUCCUACCAAUAUGUCUGCCUGAGAAGAAGGAAAAGUCUGUCCAUCGGAAGACAUGCUUCAUUACUGGAUGGGGAGACACAGGUAUGAUUUAUUAUUGAGAAAUUACUGGAAUCGGUUUGCCUAUUCUUCUGCUUUUUUUGGAAUCUGUAAAUAUUUCCAGUAUUUGUUUAAGUUAGUAAAACUACAAUGUUAUACUUAUCAUGAUAGUUUAAAUGAUGGAAGCCCAGAGAGGUCAUGUAUUUUUAAUAUUUCUCUGACUUGUUAUCUCUAGAAAACUAUUUAUUUUCUUGAGAUAACAAGUAAUAAAAAACAUUACAAAUACUGGGCCUCUCCGGGCUUUUGUAUUAAAUUUUAUCGUGAACUUAUUAUUUAUUUAUUUAUUUAUUUGCUAUUUUCAUGGCAGCACACUAUUGAGAAAGGGCUUUUAUAGAGAUAUACAUGAAAACAGGGUGUCAGAGAAUAGUAGGAAUGGUAAAAAAAAUAACUAAUGAUUAGCAUGCCCUUUGAUUAAUAUCUGACAUGGCCUCUUACAUUUUUUUAGCUUAAAUGUGCCCAUUGGGAGCCUAGGCCAGUUCCAAAACAAUUUACAGAUCACAGUAAGCAAAAGGCCCACGACUGGGUAUCCAUUUUGGCUUAGGGAGACCAUAGUAAUGUAAGAUCAAGGGUAGUACAGUUGUAAUCAAAAUUAUUCAACCCCUAUUGAAAAUCUGGUUUAUUGUCAAUAAUUACACUUUCAGUUGAACAAAUGAAACAAAAGCAAUUGAUAUAGCUCAACAAAACGAAUGCUUCAAGUGAUUUCCUUAAAUUCAACUGAAAAUGCAACUUAUAAUGACUUUUACAGUCCAGUCCAGGAAAUCGGCCACUUCUGCCCGUGGUGUACUAGGCCUCACAGCAAAAGCACCUCAGCUCUGGUAAUAUAUGGACAAAAGUCCCACAGAAUGAGUUAAGUGGUGUAAGAAUGCAGAAUAACUUCAGCCACAAGUUGUGGAAUUAUUAAUUUAAAGCGAUUUAGCUGCCUAAAGCUUGAUAUUAGCGAGGUGCUCCCACUGGACACGUGUGGCAGUCAAGAUCUGCAAUAAAACAUAUUUUAAGAUACAUCAAUAUUUGUAUUUUUAACAUUGGACUAGCAAGACUACUCCAAACUACAGUACAUAUCUGUCUGUCUCUUUCUUGUUAUUACUUAUUUUAUUUGUCUGUUUUGCUGUAGGAACAUCUUAUUCCCGGACGCUUUUGCAAGGUGAGGUUUCUCUUCUUCCCAAGGAGUCUUGUAUUUUGCAAUAUAAAGGCAAAUUUACAAGUCGGAUGAUCUGUGCUGGAAAUCUCUCGGAAGACCAACGGGUGGACAGCUGUCAAGGAGAUAGCGGAGGUCCUCUCAUGUGCCAAAGGCCAAAUGGACAAUGGGUAAUUGUAGGAAUAACAUCUUGGGGGUACGGAUGUGGACGAAAAGGCUACCCUGGAGUGUAUACCAAAAUUAGUAAAUAUAGCUCUUGGAUAAAAAAGGUGGCAAAAUUGAAGUGAGAGACUGCAAUGUUAAUCCUCCACACAUAUGAGCCAUGCAAAGUAUUUUACCACAAAUAUAAUUUGUGAGCAAUAAGAGCUCUCCUACAUGCCUUAAGUUUCAGUUCUUGUGCUUUACUAUAAGGAAAACAAACCUGUGAAAAGGUCAUUAUGUGAGUGAGCAUUUGACUUCAGAACAUAGACCUAAUACUUGGAAAACCUACACAUGGGUCAAUUAUUUUAGACUGUAAGCAAGAUGUUUCAUUUUCUUAACUGGAAAACCCCCCAGAAAGAACUGCAUAGGGUUAUAUUGUCUUUUUAAUGCAUGCUGACACAAAGGACUAAGUCUCCUUUGUCAAAGUAGAGAUAAAUUCAUGCAUUCUAAAAUCAAACCAUAUGAACAGAACUUUGUUGCAACAAAAACUGUGACAUCAAUAAAGAACCAACAUAACGAGUACAUUUACAGUGAACAUUUCACAUCUUGUGCCAAUUGUCAAUUAAAAAAGGUCAAUCCAGUAGCUUGUUCGGGGUCACUAAAUUGUUAAGAACGUCUUGUGAAGGAUAUAUGAAUGUAGAAGUCAAAGAACAUUCUAAACUAUGGUCCAAAUUCUAAUCCCCUAGACACAAGCAAAUAGGUAGAAUUGCUUAAGCUUCGAGGAGUUCUGAAAAGGGUCAUCACAAUUUAUUUUAAUAAUAAUCAGUGGAGAUAAUUGUAAUCUUAUCUGCAGUGAACUGUGUGAUAAUUGCAAUUUAUGGGAUGUACUGUAAAAUGAUCUUAAAGAGAUUCACUUGAUUAUGGUAACUUAUAAAUAUUACUAGAAUGUUAUGUAGGAGGCACUCAUAUUUAUGGGACUUAGCCUAACAUCGUUUUUGAUGUGGCUGGUUUGAGUAGUAGUUUAUGUCUAGAUCACCUAGAGGGAGCUGCUUAGAUACUUACAGACGUUCAUAAAAUCGUUAUACAAAGUAUGGUGAAACAAACUUUAAUUGGGGGUCUUGAAAUGCAUGAAAUUGACCUUUGUGUUUAUUAAACCAGUCAACUACAGCUAAAAUAAAUCUCAAGGUUCAAUAUGUAACAUACCACAAGGAGUAAAUUAUCGGUCUUCAUCAAACUUCUUUAUAGCCUUUGUUACUCACUUUUAAAGUUUAAUUCUGAGUAUUUAUGAACUUAGCCAGAAUUACAGCAAGACAGACCUUUUGAAUAUUGAUAUGGUAAUAAGGCUAACAGCAUCUGUACUCUAAAUAUCAUUAAACUAGGCAGAUAUGGAUUAAUUGGAGGUUUUGCUUUAUUCCGUAGUAGGUUAAACAAAAAAGGAUUGAAUGUGAUGAGUUUAAAUCGUGCUGUUCCACAGAGACUGAAAUUCAUCUAUUUUAGCAUUAAAACCUCAGGCAAUGUCUUAACUUGGUUAUGAAGGAAGAAAUGUAAAGGAAAGCCAACACUUACAGAUUAAUUUUUAAUCACAUGAUCUUUUUUCCUAUUAAAAUUGAAUUCUGUCGUUGACUCAACAGCAAUAUUUUGAUUGGGCAGCGGGCAGUGAUCAGAACUGUAUAUCUAGAUUAUAAACAGAGUAUGUGACCUCACGUUUAAAGGAUGUAUUUAACAAUAUGCCAAAUAAGGGGAAAAGAUAUCAUCGAGUUUCACACAUAUCAGCAAUAGGGUGAGAGGAAUCUUGCCUUUUAAAAAUAAUUUGGCUCGGAAUCAUCCCAUCCUAUACAUUGUAAAUACAGUUGUGUUUUUUUUAAAUGUAUUUUUUAUUUAUUAUUAUUAUUUUUACUACUACCACUACUGAUCCUUGGAAUUACAUUUUCAUGCAAAACUAAAUCAAAAAUGUAUUUCAAAUAAAUUUGCCCAAGUGACUUUAGGAUUCAUAACUUACUAACGGAUAUCUGGAAUAGUGCCAUCUUGAAAAAAUAUGUUUCAAAGUGUCCAUUACUUAAUGACAUAUUGUCCAGAUAUGGAGAGCUGAUCCAAGUCUUAUACUUAUCUCUUCCAUUUUCUGCAUGGGCAUCAUUACUUCUCCACCAAAUAGGAGUCUACCCCUUUCCACACAGGUUGUGAUUUUAUUAUCUGGAGUGGAAGUCACCAGUAAGUUUACUAAGAUUGCAUAUUUUAUUUGACUUGAACCAAACUGGAAGCAUUCUCUGUUAUCUUUUCAGCUCAGUAAAUUUUGCCGAGGUGUGCAUUUCACUUGUUAAUUAUCAACAGUUACAAGACCACUACACACCCAUCAGGCACUUCAUCUUGCUCAAUGAGAAGCCUCUGAUUGGCUAUUCCCUUUUAACGAAACUAAAAAUCUCUUCCAUGGAAAAAUAGGAGGGCUUGCAAAGAUUGCGGUUCAUAAGGGCACUUUAAACACCAUAACAACUAUGCCUUAAUAUAGUGGUUUUGGAGCAUAGAUCCUGUCUCUUUUCUCUGGCAAUGUAAAACUUUGCUGUUUCAGAGAAACAGCAUUGUCUACAUAUUGGCUUAACCCCUUAAGGACCAAACUUCUGGAAUGAAAGGGAAUCAUGACAUGUCACACAUGUCAUGUGUCCUAAAGGGGUUAAGGGGACACUCCAGGCACCUAAAGCACUAAAUCAAGCUAAAGUGCCUUAUGUGUGAAAACUGUGUCCUUUUUCAUUCAUUUUAUAAAAAGUGCAGAUUUCAAUAGUCUUCGAUACAAUCUGUUUAUAGAUUAAGCAAGAAACUCCGCCUUGUAUGUAUUCAGAUUUCAAUAGUAAUUGGCACUUUUAUAAAUGAAUGUUGUUACACUCCCUGACUGUCAAUCAAACACCCAGUCUUAUUACUUCCUGGUUGUUUAUCUCAAUGGCGCUAGACACAAGAAUUUAGAAGUCUGUGAAUGGACAGCCACAGAUAGUCUGGGUUGAAUUAGAAGGGGAUGGCUUGCAAAGACUGCAAACCAGAGAUCUACACCUUUGGAGGCUGUUUUUAAAUAUACUCCAAUUUAAAAGAAAUGCAUAAUUAAAUGCAUGCAUGUUUUCAUUGUGGUAUAUAUACUAAACAGUGAUUAAACUUUUUUUUUUUUUUUUUGUAUUUAGGCAGUAGAGUCAUUUAAAACACUCUUCUAGUGUCUGUCUGACAGUCAUUAGAAGCACUUCCUCAUGAAAGAAAAUCUUAUAUUGAUACAUGUAACAGAGUGCCACAACCAUUCAGCGUUUUAAAAGCAAUACAGUUUUUAAAAAGUUUUCUUAUAUCUUUUUACGUGCUUCUUCUUCAGUUAUGUCACCUUCUCAUCUCCUUCUCUGUUAUAAGCUACAGCAUACUUUGUUGUUGUAGCAUUUGCCAAGAUACAGCUUUAUCUGCAAACCACUCGUCAUUAAGGGGUCCACCCAUCCAACACAUCGCUAGAUACCGGUAGUUAUUGCUGAUGUAACAAAGACUUUCUUUUGCGUGCAGCAGUGUAGUCCAUUAAGACUGCAACUUGUAGACAUUUAAACAUGUUUAAUAUCAGAUGUUUCUUUAAUUUAGAAAUUACUGGGUUUAGGGUAUUUUUUAUCUGUCAUAUUCUGUCAUUUAAAAAAAUAUAGAUUUUUUUUUUCUUUAGGCAUUUCUACCUCUACCAAUUAUUACUUGGUGAAAAUGUCAUAUAGGCAAACUCGCUAAGCACACAAACUAGAUAUAACAUCAAGAGGGACAAUUUUUUGUGCCUUACUGUGCUAAAGAAUGUAGGCAUUUUUCCUUUUUUUAAAAACAGUGAAUUACGUUGGAUGAACUUGAUAAUUGUAUUGCAAAAUUCAGGCUGAAAUAGUCAGCCAGUGACUGUAUCUGAGCUGGCAAAGAACAUAAUGUCUUAUCCACAAGAACAUAAUGUCUUAUCCACAAGCAUCCAGAAUAAAGGGAAUUAAAUAAUGAUUAAUUUUAUUACAGAAUGCUAAACAGACCUACCUAUUCCUAUGCAUCCCAAACAUAUAAGGUUCUCAUAAAUGCUGGUAUUAAAUGGGAAACACUGCAUUUGCCAAUCUAUUGUAUGUGAAAAUAAGGUUUUAAGCCAGUCAAAUUGUGUUUUUUUAGAAAGUUAUUAUUUAUUUGUCACAAAUAUGUUUUAUUGUUGACUGUGUGCAUUCACUUUUAAAUUGUUCAACAUUUUUGUGCCCACGUAAUAUAAUUGUAUAAAAGAAAAAUGUGCUUAAACUCUUAAGUGCAAUUAAUUUUAAUUAGAUUUUCUCAUGUUCAUUAAAU